UGUAAAAUACAACGGUUUAUUAAUUUCUGAUGAUAUAGAAAUCGUUACUAAAAUAAUAAAAUACUUAGGGUAGAAAUGAAACGUGUUCCAGAUAUCGCGGAGGGAUAGUGUAACAUGAUACAUAUGUAUGUAUGUAGAUAUCUACGUACAAAAAUCUUGUCAUUAUGCUUUCUUAAUACAUUUCUAAACCUAUUAAACUUUAUAACUCAUAAUGUUCAUACAUACAUAUGUAUGUUUAUGUGCGUAUAGAUAAUCAAACAUCCACGGGCUAAUCACCAGAAGAGCAAAUCACCAUUUGUUUUUAUUGAUAAGACAUCCAACUCCAAAACGCCGACGUGAUUUGCUACAGAGCAAAAGCACACUGAACGCUUAAACAGUUCUAGGGAAAGUCUUGAUCGAAUAGCAUCGUAUUCAAAUACAAGUACUCAUAUAAGAAGUAUUGCCGGCGUAGUUGAUAAUAAUAAUAGACAUAAACAUUUUAACACACACAAGUGCUGCUGAUGACUGCCUACGUACAAUAAUCAUGUCAAGUGCUUUAGGUCGUAUACGUCUAAUCACAUUCGACGUCACUAAUACGUUACUGCAGUUUCGUGGCAGUCCUGGGAAACAAUAUGGAGAGAUCGGUGCACUUUUCGGUGUACUCUGUGACAACGCUGAACUCGCACAAAGUUUUAAGGCUAAUUGGAAUAUAAUGAAUAGGAAAUAUCCAAAUUUCGGACGUAAUUCCCGCAUUACCUGGCAACAAUGGUGGCAUCAGCUUAUUGGAAAUACGUUUUCGGACAGUGGCUCGUUGAUACCCGGAGAGAAAUUAAGUAGCUUGGCUAAUCAUCUGCUUGAACUUUACAAAACAAGCCUUUGUUGGCAGCAUUGCAAUGGAAGUGUGGAUUUACUCAAUUAUUUACGUUUACAACAACAACUCGCUGCACACCAUAAUGAUAGCGACGUUAAUGAUAACCACAGUAGUCUGAAGUCACAAAUAGCUUUAGGCGUUAUAGCAAACUUUGAUCCUCGCUUAGACACACUCUUGCGUAAUAUGAAAAUUAAGCAUUAUUUUGAUUUCACAAUUAAUUCUUACGAUAGCAAUGUCGAAAAGCCAAGUCCUGAAAUAUUCGAUUUAGCCUUGAAGUUGUCCAAUUUGGAGAACCUAAAACCUGAAGAAUGCUUACAUAUUGGAGACGGACCGACUACAGAUUACUUAGCCGCCAAAAAUGUAGGUUGGAAUGCUGCGCUUAUUCAUGAGAAAACUAUUAAUUACUUAAUUAAAAACUAUGGCGAUAAAAUAGAGGAUCAAUUUGUUUUCCAAAGUUUAUACGACUUUCAUAAGAAGUUCUCAAAUAAUUUUAUAAACUGGUAAAUAAUUUGUUAAUUUAAUUAACUAAAUAUAUUACUACUACAAACUAAAAA